GCCGUGGACAGCAACCCCCUGUCUCUGUACGUCAUGCAUCCCUUCUGGAACACGAUAGUGAAGAUCUUCCCUACCUGGCUGGCCCCAAAUUUGAUAACGUUUUCUGGCUUCCUGCUGCUUGUCUUCAACUUCUUCCUCAUGGCAUACUUCGACCCUGACUUUUAUGCUUCUGCUCCUGAUCACCAGCACGUUCCAAACGGAGUGUGGGUCAUUGUCGGUCUCCUCAACUUCAUUGCCUAUACUCUAGAUGGUGUUGAUGGGAAGCAGGCUCGCCGGACCAACUCCAGCACGCCCCUGGGAGAGCUCUUUGAUCAUGGCCUGGACAGCUGGGCAUGUGUGUACUUUGUCGUGACAGUCUACUCCACCUUUGGACGGGGCUCCACGGGAGUCAGUGUCUUCGUUCUCUACCUCCUCUUAUGGGUGGUCUUGUUUUCAUUCAUCCUCUCCCACUGGGAGAAGUAUAACACAGGGAUUCUCUUCCUGCCAUGGGGAUAUGACAUCAGCCAGGUGACCAUUUCAAUUGUCUACAUAGUGACAGCCAUUGUUGGAGUUGAGGCCUGGUAUGCACCUUUCCUGUUUAAUUUCUUAUAUAGAGACCUAUUCACUGCAAUGAUUAUUGCUUGUGCACUCACUGUGACGCUGCCAAUGAGCCUGUAUAACUUCUACAAGGCCUAUAAAAACAACACCUUGAAGCACCACUCUGUGUAUGAAAUCAUGCUGCCACUGGUAUCUCCAGUGUUGCUAUUCCUGCUCUGCACCACGUGGGUCUUCAUGUCCCCGACAGACAUCCUGGAGGUCCAGCCCAGGCUCUUCUACUUCAUGGUUGGAACAGCCUUUGCUAACAUUUCUUGUCAACUGAUCGUGUGUCAGAUGAGCAGCACACGCUGCCAGCCUCUGAACUGGAUGCUGCUGCCCAUAGCGGUGGUGCUGCUCGUGGUGGUGUCUGGGUUUGCGCCCAACAGCGAAACGCUUCUCCUCUAUGUGUUAACUGCUUUCCUCACCCUGGCGCACAUCCACUAUGGAGUGGUCGUGGUGAGCCAGCUGAGCAGGCACUUCAAUAUACGGCCCUUCUCACUAAAGAAGCCGACACCAGAUUGACUAGGAGUGGAGGAAGAGAAAAUUGGCUUGCGGUCUGCAGAAGUACUGUAAAUAACUGCUGCAAAUACCUGUAAAUACUUCAACCAUCACCACGGAUCUAAACCUAUCCUCUGGACAGACAUCAGGGCAAAGUACACACGGUAUCCGGUGCAGCCAGGGCAGGACUGGUACAGGGCAGCCCCUGCUGCUGUUUGAAUGUGAGCUUUUGGUUUUGGGUGAAACUGGCCGAGGAGGGCAUUUAUUUCAAAUCACUGUUACUGUAUAUUAGACCAGCUGAAUGUUCCCCGUGAAACCUCAGACUCCAGCUCUUGCUCACGUAAUGCCAGUUGGGGGUGCAAAUGGCUUUACCUGAGCAAAGAGUUUUGACCUGUCACCAAAACCAACAUAACAGUUGAUUUCUACAAGGUCAGGG